AUGGACGAACCUGACCUUAAACCUGGCGUAAAAUGGGACGAGGAGGAGGCUGUCCGUCCUACUCGUGGACUCCGUCGUGCACAAUCUAGCGGCUCAAUGUCUAUUCGUAGCGUGCGCUCACGACGUGAAGUUGAUCCAUCUAUCAUCCUUCCUAUCCAGUACCGCACCGUUUCGUACCAGAUCGAAGAAUCCAAACAGAAGAAUGUCGUACAGCUAUCCGAGGCGAAAGAUAAAGCUACUAAGGAUCUAUCUGAGCUCGAAUGGCACACGAUAUCGACUGAAGAGGCCCUCCGACGUCUCAGCGCAUCGAUGACUGAGGGUCUCUCAACCGAACAAGUUACUCGUAGAAUGAAAGAAUACGGGCGAAAUGCCCCAUCUCCCCCGGAAUCACGUACCAUUCAGAAAUAUUUUGGUUACUUCUUUAAAGGAUUCGGCCCUAUACUUCUGCUUGGAGCUAUUCUGGUUUUCAUCUCGUGGAAACCGCUCGGCCAACCUCCAUCGUUGGCUAAUCUGGCUUUGGCAAUAGUUCUAGUUGCAGUAUUCUUCAUCCAGGCUGCAUUUAAUAUGUUCCAGGACUGGAGCUCAUCUCGUGUCAUGAGUUCUAUCAAGAACAUGCUUCCUGAAGACUCCCUAGUCAUCCGAAACAGUAUUCAGGCCUCCCUCGAUGCACAAGAGCUCGUACCGGGCGAUAUAGUGUGCAUUAAGGCUGGAAACAAAUUGCCGGCUGAUAUGCGCUUCCUCCAAGUUUCUAGCGAUGCUAAGUUUGAUAGAUCUAUUCUAACCGGAGAGUCUUUACCUCUCGCAGCAACUGUAGACUCGACAGACAAUAACUACUUAGAAACUCGCUGCAUUGGCUUGCAGGGUACCCAUUGCGUAUCUGGAUCCUGUAUGGGCUUGGUCGUAGCCACUGGUGACCGCACAGUAUUUGGUCGCAUCGCAGCUUUAACCAACGAACCAAAAGUUAAACUGACUACUUUGGAAAAGGAGGUUUUAUACUUCGUCGUCAUCAUCUGCUCUAUCAUGCUCAUGAUGAUUACCAUAGUACUGAUUGUCUGGGGUGCUUGGCUUAGAAAGGUCCAUCCAAAUUGGAUUAACGUCCCGAAUCUGAUUGUCGGGUGCGUCAGCGUAGCUAUCGCUUUUAUACCUGAAGGGUUGCCUAUCGCGUUGACCGCCGGUUUGACGAUUACCGCGAACCUGAUGCGCAAGCAUAAAGUUCUAUGCAAGUCGCUAAAGACAGUCGAGACCCUGGGGUCUGUGUCCGUCAUCUGCUCCGACAAGACAGGGACCCUUACCGAGAACCGAAUGACUGUCACCGAGUGCACUAUUGGGACUCACACCAUUACAGUUGAGGCGGCCGAGGACGAGUUAGAUACGAGCACGGCACCGGCCAUUGCUGGCAUGGUAACAACAGGCGUAGAUCAAGUGCGUGCCAUCGCUGGACUCUGUAACGCAGCCGAGUUUGACGCCGCGACCAUGGAUUUACCUAUCGAACAGCGCCGUGUUUUUGGUGACGCUACCGACCAGGCAGUAUUGAGAUUCUCUGAACGGUUCGGCUCAGUGCAACAGCUACGCCAAUCCUGGCAGAAGACGUAUGAACUAGCUUUUAAUAGUAAGAACAAGUUCAUGAUCAGGACAUUUUCCAUGUUUAGGAAGGAUUGUCUAGAAGCUACUCUAUCAGAGGCCGAGGCGGAAAAUUUCAAUUCUGGCGACACAUUGUUAACUAUAAAGGGGGCCCCUGAUGUCCUUAUUGGCCGAUGCUCCUCCUUCGUUAAUAAUGCAGGCGAUGUACAUCCCUUCGACGACGAUAUGCGAGCAUCGUUUGAUAACAUGAAGAACGCGUAUAGCAGCCAGGGGAAACGUUGCAUUUUACUUGCUCGCAAGGUCAUUCGCCAAGACGAGCUACAAUAUCAAUCCGGAACAACUCAAUUUGAGGAUGAUAUUGUUACGCAUGCUAAGUCGGACUUGACCUUAGUUGGUCUUGUAGCUAUUGUCGAUCCUCUGCGCCCAGAAAUCCGCGAAGUCGUCUCGACGCUGCGCGGUGCCGGUAUAAGGGUAUUCAUGGUGACUGGGGACUUUGCUCUUACAGCUCUUGCGAUUGCUCAGGAGGCCGGCAUCGUAAGUAGUCCUACUCCAUUGGUUCACAAUGUCUCCUCGCUCCCUAGGGAGGAGGUAGAAGAUGAAACGAAGGCUUCCAACGCCCGCUCAUCGAUUCUUAUUAGCGGACCGGAACUUCUGGGCCUGAACGAAUACCAAUGGAAAGUAUUGACAGAGUAUGAAGAGAUUGUCUUUGCUCGCACGACUCCGGAGCAGAAACUACGUAUCGUGAAAGAGUUCCAGACUGACGGCGUAGUGGCCAUGACUGGAGAUGGUGUGAACGAUGCUCCGUCUUUAAAGGCUGCUGACGUCGGUAUUGCUCUUGGAAGCGGUUCCGACAUUGCCAUCGAGGCAGCUGACAUGGUACUGCUCGACUCAUUCUCGUCUGUUGUCGAGGCGGUGCAAUAUGGUCGGGUGGUGUUUGAUAACCUGAAGAAAGUGAUCUGCUACUUGCUUCCAGCUGGAAGUUUCGCUGAGUUCUGGCCAGUAAUGACCAAUGUUAUCUUUGGAAUCCCACAGAUCCUCUCGUCCUUUCUCAUGAUUAUUAUCUGCUGUUUCACAGACUGCGCUGCCGCGACAAUACUCUCCUACGAGAAACCGGAGGCUGAUGUCCUGUUGCGCAAACCACGUAACGUCAAGAAGGACCGCUUGGUCGAUUGGAAACUUGUUAUCCACGCGUAUGGUGUUCUCGGCAUGAUUGAGACUAUCGCUUCCUUCGCGAUGGCUUACUGGUAUCUGGAGAAGAAUGGAAUACCCUUCCGCGUGCUAUGGUUUUCCUUUGGAGAUCUCCCGGAUUGGAUCGACGAAGAAUAUUAUGCGCAAAAACUAAAUGAAGCAUCUUCCAUUUACUUCGUUAAUCUUGUUGUCAUGCAAUGGUUCAACUUGCUCGCAGUACGCACGCGGCGAUGGAGUAUUUUCCAGCAUCCUCCCAUCUUCAAUAAACACACACGAAACCUAUAUAUUUUCCCAGCAGUUAUAUUCGCUCUGUGCAUGGCUAUCCUAUGGCUUUAUAUCCCUCAGCUGCAGUCGGUUUUGGGAACUUCGCCUGUUCCGGUGGAACACUGGUUUCUACCCUUUGCUUUCGGUCUGUUUAUCCUGAUAUUCGACGAGAUACGCAAGUUUCUUAUACGAAGAUACCCUAACGGAAUAUUGGCUAAGAUCGCUUGGUGA